AUGCGUGAGGUGCUCCAAUGGUGGGCCAACUGGCACGGAUCUAUGGAAGGUCAUCGCUGGAAGCACUUGUACAUCGCAUUUUCCACCAUCUCCGAUGAAAUAGCGAUUCCUCCACAAGAUAUAGCAGAUGGUUCUUUCCGCUUUCUGGGAAACUCUUUAGCGGAAGUUCUCGAAGGGCUGCGCUUAGAAGGUGUUCAGCCGGACGAUAUUAAACUACUGGAGAUGUACCUGUGGCGACAGUUCAUCAUUCAAUAUCUCGAAAAAGUCGACCCGACAAUCCGCGAGACCUUGAUAGGAAAGACUACACUCAUGACUACAUGGAGGGUGUUGACGGCAGGGAAUCAUGGUGUGGCUGUAUGUCUUCUCGCCAGCAAGGGUAUCCGACCACAAGGGCAGACAGAUCACGCACUUGAAAUGGCUAGCAUAUGCGAUGCAAUUUCUAUGGAUUUGGGCAAGGAAGCUCUGGGUGUAUUGCAAGAUGAACCGACCGAAGCUGUGGCGGGCAAGGAUCGCGAGAUGCUCAAGCGCGAGCUACGCUGGGUUUAUUUGCGGGCUUUGGGGUCCCUUGAUCAGGACCCUAGAGGCGCGUUGCUAAGACGUUUUGCAACGUCGGGAUUGCAUUAUGUACUUCUGAAUGAUCGCUAUCGGGAACGUGUUGCGUAUGUCCGGUUUCCAAUGUCGCCGUAUCUGCGGCGCCGAAUUGCUGCUUAUUAUAAGAAUGGGUGA